AUGGUGAAUGAAUACAAGAAAAUUGUUCUUCUGGUAGGACUAAUGGGUAUCAGUGACGAUGAUUUUAGAAUGGUUAAAUCCUUGUUGAGCAAAGAACUAAAACUAAAUAGAAAAAUGCAAGAUGAUUAUGACAGAAUUAAGAUUGCUGACAUGAUGGAGGACAAGUUCCCAAAAGAUGCUGGAAUGGACCAACUGAUAGACCUGUAUAAAGAGAUGCCAGGACUUGGAGACCUUGCUGAUAAACUCAAAAAAGAGAAGGCAAAAGCUAAAAGGAAACAGAUAGAAAGAUGCAGAAUUCCAACAAGAGGAUGCAAGCGAGAUGAAGCCAGUACUUCCCAACCUAUGUCCACCACAAAUGAAGAUUCAGAACCAGAAUUUGGCAGGAGUACAUCCAACACACAGGCUCCUUGGUUAUCUCUAGCAACUGCUUCUAACAGGGACCAAGCCACUCAAGUAUCUCCAGUAACAGCAUCCAGCAGUGUCCAGGUCCCUGAAUUAUCUCCAGAAACAGCAUCCAGCAGUGCUCAGGCUGCUGGAGUGUCCCCAGCAAUACCAGUCAAGGUAAUUUUCUGUUUUCACAACAUAAUGAAACCAAGAAGGAAGACUGUACCUAAGCAACCAUCUAAGGAAGAGGGUCACCAUCAAGGUCCCAAAAAAGUAAUGGUGUUAAAAGCAACAGAACCAUUCACAUAUGACAUGUCACGGGAGAAAAGGAUGUUCCAUGCCACAGUGGCCACUAAGACUGAAUUCUUCAGAGUGAAGGUGUUUGAUAUUGACCUGAAGGAGAAGUUCAUUCCAAACAAGGUCAUUACCAUCUCAGAUUAUGUUGGCCGAAAUGGGUUCAUAAAUAUAUUUAGUGCCUCUAGUGUGUCAGAGGUAAAUGAUAACCAAUUAAUGGAUAUCCCAACCACACUGAGGCAAAGAGCCAAUGCAACACCUAAAAUCAAUGAUCUUUACUCAAAAAGAAGAGGAAUAUUUGUGAAUGGAGUGUUUAUGGUGUCAAAGAAAAAUCAAAGGAAGGACUUCAUUUACUAUGAAAUUCAAGAUAAUACAGGGGUGAUGGAAGUGGUAGUCUAUGGACGACUGACCAGUGUUGACUGUAAUCCAGGAGAUAAACUUAGACUCUUGUGCUUUGAAUUGACAUCAAACGAGGAUAAAGUGCAGCUGAGAUCUACAAGGCACAGUAACAUGAAGAUGAUCUGA